AUGCUUAGCAUCGAGCUGGAUGAGCGACAGCGUUUGGUGGAGGAGCUGAAGAAAUCUUAUGACACGCAGUUGGCGGCCUCCCAGGAGAUUUUGAGGCUUAGGGAGGAAGCACUGGAUGAUAUGGGACUGUCGUCGAAAGAGAUCAAUACGGCUUUCGGAGUGGCGCACGAUACGCCGUAUAUGCUGAACAUUUCUGAAGACCCUAUGCUAUCGGGGUGCCUAUUAUACUACUUGAAAACUAACGAGGAUACUACUAUUGGGUCGGCGGACAGCAGCAACAUCGUCCUACAUGGCCUGGCGAUACCGCAGCAGUUAUGCAUCAUAUCUAACAUCAACGACAAAGUGUUGAAAUUGUCGGUACCGGCAAGUGCUCUUGAGGCUGGAGGAAGGCUCAUCAUUAACGGCAAGGCUGUAGGAGUCGGUGAUCCUCCACAUGAGUUGAAGCACCUCGAUAGAGUUGUCUUUGGUCGCGCCCAUAUGAUGCGUAUAAUGAUACCUAAGCUGGCUGAUACGACA